AAACUUGAUGAUGGGCACUUAAACAACUCCCUGGGUUCUCCGGUUCAAGCCGACGUGUACUUCCCACGACUGAUAGUUCCAUUUUGUGGGCACAUUAAAGGUGGUAUGCGGCCAGGCAAGAAGGUGUUAGUGAUGGGCAUCGUGGACCUCAACCCAGAAAGCUUUGCCAUCAGCUUGACCUGUGGUGAUUCGGAAGAUCCUCCCGCCGAUGUGGCCAUUGAACUCAAGGCUGUGUUCACAGACCGGCAGCUCCUCAGAAACUCUUGUAUCUCAGGAGAAAGGGGCGAAGAGCAGUCAGCAAUCCCUUACUUUCCAUUCAUCCCAGACCAGCCGUUCAGGGUGGAGAUCCUUUGCGAGCACCCACGUUUCAGAGUGUUUGUGGAUGGACACCAGCUGUUUGAUUUUUACCAUCGUAUUCAAACAUUAUCUGCCAUUGACACCAUAAAGAUCAAUGGGGACCUCCAGAUCACCAAACUUGGCUGAUGUUUAAAGCACUUCUCUUUCAAAUACGAUCAGGUGCCACAGCUACACAACUGUCUGAAAGAAGUGUCUUAGCAAGGUCUGGAGACUUGAAAAGAAAACAGAAAGGCAGACCUCACUGUCUCUUUUUGUGCAAUUUCAGUCCAGAAUGACAUCUUCAUCUGUGGUCUGCCCAGAGGAAGAGAGCUCGCAGGAAAGACACCUUGCCAUUCUGCCCAGAACAAAGUCAUACAUUUAUGCUGGAUUUUACUCAGACUAAGCUAAAAUGGACUUGUGGUGAUUUGUGAUUUGAUAGCAGAUAUUCAUCAUUUCAAAGCAAGGUGAUAUUUAGAAACAAAAGUGCUAAAGACCUUAAAAAAAAAAAAAAAAAAAAACAACGGUACAUCAAAUCGAUGCAUUUCUGCACUGAAGUGGAAUUGCGUAGCACAACCGACAUUUUAGUCAGGGUAUUUACAUAGAAUGUAGAUUGUGCAAGAUUUGGUUUUUAUGUUUUCUUGGGGGUUGUUUUGUUUUUGUUUUGUUUUUGUUUUUUGGCUCUGUUUUGUUGGCACAGCAUCAUGUUAACUCGAAUUUUUAAGCUUUCUCAGUUAUUUAUUCAUAUUUAGUAUAUGUAUUACUGUAUUAGAGAAUGAGCAAUGUCUACAAAUUAUGAACUUAGGUACGAGGGGGGAAACUAUGUAAUUACAAGCAUAAAACAAGUGGAUUUAUAUCUUAAAGAAUUUGAGCAUAUUCUCCAUACCCCUCAACUUUGGCUUCUUAACAUAACUGCUAUAAGUGCUUUGGGGGAAAUUGGCAACAUUUCGAUAAAACUCUAAGGUUUCCGUCGAUGAUGUGAACUUUUGUUUGCACUGCUCUUUCUCCUUCCUUUGGAUUAGCACAAUAUUGGCUCCCUUAAGUCUAACUACUCCCUAGAUUUACAUAAUAGCUCGUUAAGUUGUUAUUAAACUAGUGGAAAACAUGUAAGAGGGAUUGCAUAGACAACUUUUAAAAUAACUACUCUAUCAGUUUUUAAUAGUAUACUAUAAAAAUGAUUCCAGGACUCAGUGUAAGGCAGAAGCAAAUUGCCCCAACUUAUGUACUAAGAAAUAACUUAUAUCAACUUAGGCUGUUAGCUCACUGUAUAAUUUUUCUUCUGAGACCCUCCCCAGUAUCCGUAAGCAAUGCCUUUGGAGAUCCUGAGCAGACGAUGCCACCUCUCUGGUGGUUUGCAGGAAGUAGAAUGAGGUAGGCUCCAGUUAGGUCGCCUGAAAGAUUAAGUCCCAGGAUUUCAGGCCUUUGAGUCCAGCCAGAAGUGUUCAUGCUUCCAGGGAAAGUGCUUUGCCCACACUUGCAGAACUGAUCAAAUUGAAGCUGUCUCUAGCAGUAGGCUGCUGGUUGUUGAUGUAUCUGCAAGGCUAGGGAUGCUUGGAGUCAUGGACAUUCUUUCAAACACUGCAUAGGCCCUGGAGAUCCGGGCCCUUGGCAUUGCUUGGUCAGGUAGCGGGAGAAGAAGGGUGCCGGGUGGGUGUGCAUUUAUAUAUAAUUUAGGUUUUGUUUGUACAGUGUGUGUGUCACUAGGGCAUCAUCUUGUCCUGCUUUGCUUUUAAGGUGUUUUCUUUUUUUACACAACAUGCAGAGGCACUGAAGUGGCCAUGUCAUCUUCAUGUGUCAGGAAUGUAGACAGUGUUUCAGAACCAAAGUCUAAAGAUAAAUAAAGGAAACUAAAAUAACAAAUUUUUUAUAGAUGAUAUAUUUGGAAUCUUCUCAACUUUGAAACUGUUUCACACAGUUCCGUGGUGUUAUAUACAAAGACUUGUCCACCGAGACCAGCUGCACCUUAAAAAGCUUUACGUACCAGCUGGCCUCUCAGCCAUAGUCAGCCGUGAGAGCUGUUUUGUAGCUCCAGGUAUUUUUUAAGCCUGUGAUCAAUUUCUCAUGGGUUGAAAGGCCACUUUGUAGGAGUGUUUGUCAGGAGACUUAGGAAGCACCCUGAGAAACAUUUGUAAGAAUUUGGACCUAACCCAUGUAGUAAGCAGUCCCGGGAGAGCUCUCCCGAGUGGCCACGCGUGUAAGUCAGCAGAAACUAGGCGAGUGGGGAGUCAGGUUGGAAGUGACUUUCCCCUACCUGUCAGCUAACCCAGAAGCUGACGUGGCUGCUCAGUGUGGAAACCAGUGUUAAACCAUCACCCUGCAGGUCAAAGGGAUCCUCUGUGGUCAGCCUCCUGGGAUUCAUCUGAGCAGUGUGACAGGCUGAUUUUUGGACUAGCUAAAUAAAGAGGGGACACAUCCCACUGUCCUAAUGACUAGCUAGAAACUAGGGCAAGUUCACACUCUCCUCAGCCUGAGAGGUCUAAUGUGGGAAUUUCAGGAUGGAAAGUGCAAUUUAAAGCUUCACGGGGCAAAUACUUGCAUACGUAAGGACAAUCUGCGGCAAAAUUGGAGUAAAUGUGUCUGUCAAGUCAAGUGACUUCUACUUUCUGGGCUGUUCCAGACAUGUCUUAAAAUUACUAUUUUUUUAAAUUCCGAAGCCUGGUUUCAAAUCUUGCCAACAUCUCUAAGACCCCCUAAGAGAUAGAAUUGAUGAUACAUUAAAUGGCAAAUUGAUGUGCAUUAAGAGGAAAAUAUCCAAAAAAGGAUUGAGCCCUAUUGCCUUGAGAAAACAGCUUUGGCACUUUCUGGCAUUAAUAAAGGUGAUGUUCCUGUGAUGACGUAUUUUCAAAGAAACACUUUCUUAUUUACUGCGUGGUGUGAGGGUUAGAUGUGUUGUUACAUUAUGUCACUGCUGAACGUUAUUUGCACUAUAAUAAAGGAAUUUUCUACAAGAUA